AUGUGUAACAACGGCGAAAAAAGCGUUUUUAGCGAAACGGGUGCAAAGGAGAACAGCACGAAUCAUGCCAGUGGCCGGCGGGGUCCACGUACAACGUGUGAAUACAAGUUGGUGCACUCUGAAUUUGGAAUAACACCCGCAACUGGUGUGUGUGAGCGCGAGGCUCGGCCCCACGUACAUCCACAGCGCUUUGCGCGUGGGAAAGAGGAAGAAUACCGUGGCAAAAAGCACAUUGAUCCGCAUUACAUCAGUCUUUCAGACGACGCUAAGCGUCAGGAAGGUCGAUAUGGGAAAAGACGGGUGCAAGGUGCUACAGGUGCUGGUAAAGACACUGUUUCCAGUAUUCUCGCUCCGAGGGAAAGCUUUACGACAACGGAACGGCGUUGUGUAAAACCACUCAACAGAAAUACAUGUACCUCGGUGCAAAUAGCAGAGGCGCGUGCCUUGAAUAUUGCCGAAAAUCCGUCCUACCGUGAGGCGGCACAAAAAGUUUUGCGCCACGCUGGAAAUUCAUCAAUUGUACGUGAAGAAGAACGUCUCGCACGGCGUAUUGCUUCAGUAGAAUAUGCAAAGGGAAGUCAUGCGCGGUGUGCCAAUCUAAAGGAAAAGAAAAAAGCAAUGGAUUUGGGAAAACCGGGCGAGGCGAUUCAAGUGCAUGUUCCUUUUGCACUUGAUGACUCUGCACCGCGUCCUGACAAUCUCACUGAGCAUCGCGGGGCGCAUUAUCGUAAUGCGGAGUCUAAACCAACGCCUGAAAAUCCUCCACGACGCUCCAGUGGCGCAGGUGAACACCGGGGAUUGCGGGACAAUGUGCUGCUCUCGAAGAAUGAUUACCCCGAUCCGCCGGCUGUUGGAGUCCGAGUUACGCCUCGUGUAGCAGUACGGCCCAGCUCCUCGCAACAUGAAUCAAAGGAUUGCUUUGACGAAGAUAUGCUUCGCCGAUCCAGGGCUCGCUGCCACCAGAGUGCAAACCAGAAAAUGCCAGACUUUAUUUUUGGCCAACCACCCCCACCCAAAGCACCACAAAAGACACUUCGUGGCAUAACAGAAGAACGGUGGAGAGCAGAGGAAAAACGUGCAGCAGAGCGGCAUACCGGGCGAGCGAUGACGCACCAAAGUCAUAAACCAACUGCACUGUGGUGA